CAGAGCAGGCAGCAGUAGCCAACGAAGUCCUGAACGCAUCCUUCCAGACAUGGGUUGCUAUGACUGCUGUAUGCGCUGUUUGGGCGGGGUGCCGUACUGCUCCCUGGUCGCCACACUGCUGUGUUUCUCUGGCAUUGCCCUCUUCUGCGGUUGCGGGCACCAGGCUCUCACAGAGACAGAGAGGCUCAUCGAGACUUACUUUGCGCGCAACCUUCAGGACUACAUCACCCUCGCCUACAUCAUCCAAUAUUUCCAGUAUGUCAUCUAUGGUUUGGCCUCCUUUUUCUUCCUCUACUGCAUCGUGCUGUUGGCUGAGGGCUUCUACACCACAAGUGCUGCCAGGCAAACCUUUGGAGAAUUCAGGAGCACCAUGUGUGGCCGCUGCCUCAGCUCCUCGUUUAUAGUGAUGACGUACGUACUAGCUGUGCUGUGGCUGUUGGUGUUCGCCUUCUCGGCCCUGCCUGUCUACUUCUUCUACAACAUGGACGCCACCUGCCACACCAUUGAUGUCCUGACCGAGACUCCAGCCAGUAUCAACCAGCUAUGUGUUGAUGCAAGACAAUACGGGCUUCUGCCAUGGAAUGCAGUGCCAGGGAAAGCUUGUGGUAUAACUCUGUCCACUGUUUGCAAGACCAGAGAGUACCGAAUGACCUAUGACCUCUACGUUGCCGCCUUCGCUGGAGCGGGCAUCACUCUCUUGGCUCUGCUGACCUAUACUGUGUCAACCACCUAUAACUUUGCGGUGCUGCGGUAUCUGGGGAGAAAGGGCAUAGGUGCGAGGUGUUAGUCUCACCAGCUUCCUGUCUGCUCUAUCGUUCCUUCACCACCAACACGGGGAUCUAAAGGGACGGCAGCAACUCUCUCCUUCCACAUCACCUGCACAGAACCACCUGUGGGGGUGGACUCUUAAAAAUGUUGCCACUAUAUUUUUUACUUUUCUUGUUGAGAAGGUUGUUAUUGUUUUUUCCUUUUGUUGUUGUUUUUUUAUGUGUGGGGUUUGUCUGCUGCUUUUACAUGCAGUAAGUCCUAUUUCAGUAUUUUCACUGCCAUGUCCAAAAUAUUGCUCUUCUUGCUUGCUGAGAUUAGUGCUCUAAAAUUCAUUUCUGCCUCCCUUUGCACUCGAAUACAAAUAACACACCACUAAUAAAUUAACAUAUGUAAGAAAUAAACACCAAUUUGCAACACAUGUGCAGAAUGCAGCUGUUACAGAGAAUAGGGAUUAGAGGUUACCAUAGUUACCAUCCUUCACAUCUGGUUGCCAUAGUGGCAGACAAGCAGGCAUCUGCAGUCUCACGCUGACCUCAGGACUUUUCUCACGGGCUGGAGAAAAGCCUCAACAAUGGAGUCAUGCCCGUUUUAAAAGCUAGCCAAUAAGGAGCCAGUUGUGGGGGCCACCUGCACGAUGAGUCUCUGCCAAGGGUUAUAUUACA